AUGCGUUUCAAGGGAGAGGCGGCCAAUGCACCCAACAGGCGACCCCUCUCUUCCGUCACCCGACACCGACCUCUCGACACGAUCCGCUUGGGCCACUUGCACUCCUUCCUCCACUCCACCUUCCCGCCUCCCUACUUGCGCCUUCCACUCGCUCAACUUGGGUCGCAACCGGACGCCGUCACCCACGCUACCCAGGUGACCAGCGCGGCACGCGCCCUGGCAACCACACGCACCAUGUUUGACGACUUUGUCCAGAGCUCCGCGUCUCCACGCACCCCACCAAUGCACAAGGCGCCCAAUCAGUAUGCCGACAGUCCAGUUACCAAUGGUCACCUCGCAAACGGCCACGGAGCACGUCGCGGCUUGGCAAUGAACGACGGCUUCGAGGCGAACGAGUUUGAGCCGCGCGGCGGUCGCUCCUCCAACGAGCUCAGCGAUGGAGCUGGAGGCGGCUUCGAUACCGCCACCUCCGCGCUCCUUGACCCCAUCGCCUCCCUCGAGACAGGCUUCAUCUCGUCCGACGCCGGUCCAUCCUCGCACUCGGAUCCCAUCUUUCAGCUCGGCCGCGUCCAGUACGCUUUCAGCGCACCGCUCGCCCUCAUGACGGUCUCCUCCAACAUCCUUACAAUGUGCCUCUACACCUACCCCAGCCCGUCUCAAGCUGCGAGCCCGUUUCCCGUCGCACCGCCUAAGCUCGUGCGCAUCAAUCUCGACGACCCCGAACAUACCCAGGAAGCAGACGUUCCCAUCCCACCCGCCCCUCGCUCCGCACGCAACGCACCGCCCUCGGAUCCUAGCACCAUCGGCCCACACAAGAUGUUUGCCGACCCCUCCGGCCUCCACUUACUCCUCGCCAUGCGCAACGGCGACAACUACUACUGGGCCUCUGGAUGGAGAAAGGCUCGGCUGCUGCCCAAGCUCAAGGGCCACAUCAUCGAGAGCGUAGCUUGGAACAAGGACAGCACAAGUUCAGCAUCCGACUCUAGCUCUUCCGCCGCCCGUAGACGUGCUGCAGGUGGAGCAUCGUCGCUCUCGUCGACGCGCGAGAUCCUCAUCGGCACACGGUCCGGCGACAUCUACGAGGCUCUCAUCACAGCACCUCUCGGCACCGAUCCAGACGAUGGCGACUUUUUCGACAAGAUCGCCCGUCGGACAGCAGGCAACGGCGCAGAGCGCGGCGACGUCGAUCGUGUCGUGCGCCACAUGAUCGCCUUGCCCGAACGUCAGCCAGUCACAGGCCUGCAUGCCGAGUCCUUUCCACGGUCAGCUGGCACAACAAAUGCCAAUGCGCCAGCCGCCUCGACAUCCAGCGAGCUGCGCAGAGCCGUCGUUAUCGCUACCACUAGCACUCGCAUCUACGAAUUCGUAGGCGUUCUCUCAAAAUCCCGCUCCGACGAGUCCGAGGCCCAUUCGCUCUACGACAAGCUCUUCCUCCCCUACCUCGGCGACGCAUCGCCCAACCUCAAGUCCGAGCUGCCAGGCGAUCUUCCUUACUCGGAACUGCAUACCUGGACCUCGGCUUCCUCCAGGCACGCUUCCGCCCUAGCUUGGCUCACAGGGCCUGGUGUGUACCAUGGUCUGCUUUCGUACCCCUCGGAUGCAACCGCGGGCGACAGUGUUGUCGAAUCAGCCAACUUGCUGCCAUAUCCUGCCGUUGCCAUUGAGGACGACCUCGGCAGCAGCCCGAAUAAGCGACGCAGCCGCUUGAGCACGGCGUCUGCCGCCGACACGAGCGCAUUUGGCCAAGCUGCCGCACCCAUCACCGAGAUCCCGCUCAGCAUUGCCCUCACCGAAUUCCACUUUAUCCUGCUCUACCACGACCGCGUCAUGGCCAUCAGCUCGCUCGACGACCAGGUCAUCUUCGAGGAGGCGCUUCCGCUCAAGUCCAACGAGCGCGUCAUCGGCACCGCCGUCGAUGUCGCCAAGCGCACCUACUGGAUCUACACCGACGCCAGCAUCUUUGAGCUCGUCAUGCGCGACGAGGCGCGUCACGUCUGGCGCGUCUAUCUCGACCGCGGCUCGUUCGACGCCGCGCUCAAGUAUGCCAAGCCGGGCAUCCAGCGUGGCACGGUGCUGUCCUUCCAGGGCGACCGCUUCUUUGCCGAGGCCAAGUACAUCCAGGCAGCCCAGUGCUAUGCGCAGACAUUUAUGCGCGCCUUCGAGGAAAUCGUGCUGCGCUUCACCGAUGCCGAUCAGCGCGACGCCCUGCGCUACUACCUCGUGAUGCGCCUCGAGCGCCUCGACAAGACGCACGAUGUCGCUCAGCGCGUCAUGCUCGCUACCUGGCUCGUCGAGAUCUACCUCAGCAAGAUCAACCAGCUCGAAGACGUCGCUGCCGCCGAAGCCGCCAGUCAGGACGUCGACAACUACCGCCUCGAGAUCUCCAUGAUCACCGAGGAGCUUUACCAGUUCCUCACCACCUACCGCUCGCUCCUGGAUGCAAGCACGACGUUCGAUCUCAUCAAGAAGCACGGCCGCUCCGACGUCUACCUGCAGUUCGCCUCGGUCAUUGGCGAUCACGAGCGCAUCGUGCGACACCACGUCCAGGAGCGCCAGUGGACCAAGGCCAUCGAUGCCAUCAACAGGCAAGACUCGCUCGAGCUGUACUAUCGCUUUGCGUCGGUGCUCAUGCAGAACGCACCCGCCCAGACCGUCGACUGCUGGUCGCGUCAGCCCAGGCUGGAUGCGCGCAAGCUCAUCCCGGCGCUGCUGCAGCACAAGCCCGAUCUGGAGCUCGGCGAGACCGACCAGGCGGUCAAGUACCUCUCCGGACUGGUCACCGGCAAGAACGGCAGCAAGGACACGGCGAUCCACAAUCUGCUGCUCACGCUGCUCGCGCGUCGCGCAUCGCGCUAUCCCAGCAGGCAGGACACCAAGCAGGAGCUGCUGCGCUUCAUCGACGAGGCGCGCGCGAACCCGCUCACGGGCCAUCCGUACUUCGACCUCGACUAUGCGCUGCGCACAUGUCUGUCGCAGGGGCAGAUGGAGGCGUGCGUGCGCAUCUACGCCAAGAUGGGUCUGUUUGAGUCGGCCGUUGAGCUGGCCAUUCGGCAAGGCGAGAUCGAGCUCGCGUGCAGCUGUGCCGACAUGGCCGAGUCGAUGGAGCGCGAGCUGCGCAAGAAGCUCUGGCUCAAGGUGGCCAAGGAGGUGGUGCGCAAGGAGUCGGACAUCAAGUCGGCCAUGGCAUUCCUGCGACGCACCGAUCUGAUCGCGAUUGAAGACGUGCUGCCGUUCUUCCCGGACUUUGCGGUGAUCGACGACUGCAAGGACGACAUCUGCGAGGCGCUCGAGGGAUACGCGGCGCACAUCGAGGAGCUCAAGGACGAGAUGGACGAGGCGUCGCGCUCGGCGGCGGCGAUCCAGCAGGAUAUCGCCAAGCUCAGCGAGCGAUUUGUCACGAUCGAGCCGGACCACAAGUGCGACCACUGCACCCAGACGCUCGUCCAGCGCCAGUUCUACAUCUUCCCAUGCCGACAUGGAUUCCACGCCGACUGCCUGAUCGGCCAGGUGACCAAGACCAUGUCGACGCGCAGCCUGCGCAAGCUGCUCGAGCUGCAGCAGCAGAUCUCGGCGCUGACGAGCGGACUGGUACCGGCGCUGCCGAGCUCGGCGCUCGCCAACAUGGGCUUCCUCAAGGACCCCUCCAAGGCCGUGGUGAGCGCGGCGCAGGGGGCGAGCAAGGCUGGGCUGAGCGGUCUGCAAGCGGGUGCGCGCGGCCUGGGCAAUGUGACGGCAGCGGUGGGUCUGGACAAGCUGCGUGAACUCGUGGUGCCGGACGCGGUGAUCAGUGCCAUCUCGGCUGGCGUCAGCGUGAGCGUCGCAGGCGGACGCAGGGUGCUUGCGCCCUUAGAUCCGUUUUCCAACCCGACGACGGACUGGGUCGCUGGCUCGCGUACAGCCGCACAGCGCAGGGCGGCCGCUCUGGUCGCAUCCAACGACUCGAGCGAGGCCAACGGCAGCAGUGCAGAUGGAAAUGUAGCCAAGACCGCCAUGGGCACGUUCCGAAGCGUCGAGGAUCAGGAGAGGAUUCAGCAGCUGCGCGACCAGCUUGAUGCACUCAUUGCAGGCAGCUGCCCCAUGUGCGAUGGCACCGCCAACGCUAUAGGCCGACCGUUUGUCUCGGACAAGGAGGCCGCCGAGGAGUGGGCGCUGUAG